UUCAUCGUUCACUCAUCCAUUUUGUUUUGACAGCUGACGGCGUGAAAAUGUCGGCUCACAAGACAUUUAUUAUCAAGCGCAAGCUUGCCAAAAAGCUUAAACAAAACAGGCCUAUCCCGCAAUGGGUGAGAAUGCGCACAGGAAACACUAUUCGGUACAACGCUAAGAGGCGUCACUGGAGGAGGACGAAGCUGAAGCUGUAAGCUUGUACCACCUGUAGCUGUUAAGCUGAAUAAACUCUUCUAAAUCCA